UUCUGCAGCAUCAUCAAUCCAACCCAUAUCGCAUUCUCUCUCUCUUUCUCUGUGCAUCUACCCUGCCUUUUCUCUCUUGGAUUUCCCUUCUGGUUCUGCGUCUCGGACUCUGAUAGGGAGGCCUUGUAUCACCGGAGAAAGUCGCACCUUGCCUCGUGUUUAGUUGCUCGGCGGUCAUCAGAAUAGGAGAGAAAUCGAGAGAGAUUAUUCAGGGGGAUAAAACCCAGUGUUGACGCGUUGUAGACAUCACGGCUAUUCUUAGAGGUUCUCGGCUUCUCAUUCAUGUCCGUUCUGUACGACGGAAGGGUUGCGUAAUCGUGACCAACCCUUCGCCGCACGGCGGGCGCGGUGCAUUGCCUUCCGAAGGCGGCAGCCCUUCUGACCUCCUCUUCCUCGCUGGUGGUGGUGCUUCUUUCUCUUUCUCUUCGUCAGUAGUAGUUAAUUAGUUUAGGUCUUUAGUAGUACUGAAGAUUCCUAAGGUAAGUUAGUAAAAAGCAAUAAGAUCUCGUUGAAGGCUUCUGGUUGUCGUCGAGUUUGGUUUGUUUGGUUUUAAUUUGACUGAAGAAAAGACCAAAGAUGUUGAGAAUUAAGAGGGUUCCCACCGUAGUUUCAAAUUAUCAGAAAGAGGAGGCCGGAGAGGCUGCUGGCCGUGUAGGGGGUUGCGGUCGUAAUUGCCUCAAAGAAUGUUGCGUUCAAGAGGCCAAACUUCCUUUAUAUGCAUUCAAAAGGAUUCACAAGUUUAACGGAAAGGACUUGUCUGAACCUGAAUGCAGGGAGCCCCCAGUGGCUUUUCUUGACUCGCUUAUUCUAGGAGAGUGGGAAGAUCGGUCGCAGAGAGGGCUUUUUCGCUAUGACGUUACUGCUUGUGAAACCAAGGUGAUUCCGGGGGAGUGUGGUUUCAUUGCCCAGCUGAAUGAGGGUCGUCACCUCAAGAAGCGACCCACUGAGUUCCGAGUUGACAAGGUGCUCCAGCCGUUUGAUGGAAAUAAGUUCAAUUUCACUAAAGUUGGGCAAGAAGAGAUUCUGUUUCAGUUUGAACCCAGUGAUGGUGGUGAAGUUCAGUUCUUUCCUAAUGCUCCAAUUGACGUUGAGAAUUCUCCCAGUCUUGUUGCCAUCAAUGUCAGUCCUAUUGAGUAUGGGCAUGUGCUGCUGAUUCCUCGAAUUUUUGAGUGCUUGCCUCAAAGGAUUGAUCGGGAAAGCUUCUUUCUUGCACUUCACAUGGCAGUAGAAGCUGGGAAUCCAUAUUUCCGUUUGGGUUACAACAGCUUGGGUGCAUUUGCAACUAUCAACCACCUUCAUUUCCAGGCUUACUAUUUGGCUAUGCCUUUUCCCAUUGAGAAGGCUCCCUCCAAGAAAAUAGCCACUUUAAAUGGUGGUGUCAAGAUAUCCGGAUUGCUAGGUUAUCCGGUCAGAGGCCUUCUCUUUGAGGGCGGUGAUACUCUGGAAGAUCUGUCAAAUGCUGUUUCAGAUGCCUGCAUCUGCCUUCAAGACAACAACAUACCUUACAAUGUUCUUAUUUCUGAUUGUGGAAGGCUAAUCUUUGUCCUGCCACAGUGCUAUGCAGAGAAGCAAGCUCUUGGAGAAGUGAGUGCAGAGCUGCUCGACACCCAGGUAAAUCCGGCUGUAUGGGAGAUUAGUGGUCAUAUGGUGUUGAAGAGGAAGACCGACUAUGAUGAGGCGUCAGAAGCCAAGGCUUGGAGGCUUCUUGCAGAGGUCUCCCUCUCAGAAGAGAGGUUUCAAGAAGUUAUCGCCCUCAUCUUUGAAGCCAUUGUUGCCACUGUUGAGCUGGAAGCCAAUUCUGAAUCUCCGGAGGAAGUCAAGGCAGCAAACUCACGCCGCUGCCCAUCCAUGGCGGCCGGCUCACAAGAAUGUCUUGUACUCCAGUAAACAAGGCUCUGAUGAACACUUUCACUGUGAUUCUGUUGUAAAAUUAGCUACUUUAUGCUUCAGAUUAAGUCAGUACCCCCUUCAUGUUUCGCUUAUUUAGUUGUAAACUGAGUUUGCUUUGUAGUGCUGUGUGUGUGUAUCUUGUGAUCAUUGGCACUGUUAUGCUUGGCUAUGCUUCAAUGUCUCUGAAGAACAAUUGUGUAAUAACUGGUGCCGUAAGCACUUGGUAAUGUUAAAUGAUUGUGUGUAUGAUUAUGCUUUUUUAA